GCCAGCUCUGCCCGUGAGCUUGGAGUAUGCCAGCUUGUCCGCGUUGUCCCCUCGGUCCGACACAGACGUUUUCAAUAUGUAUUUUAACAGACGGUCCAAGAAGAUCCACAGCGAAGGAGAAGAGACCAAGAUUGACUUGAUGGCAAGAGCAAAGUCUGGACCUCAGAGGAGAUAAAGGACAAUUACCAUUACUUUUACAAGCAGAGCAGUUAGUGUUGACCCCCCUUAGCCAGGAUUCUGGGCAUGGCGGGGACCCCACCAUGGGGGAAAGGAUGCACUCCCACCUCACAGUCAGCAUUGAGAAAAGGCCCGCUUGUUCAUCUGCUGGGUACCGCAAGGCAGAAGAUGAAAUGUCGGGAACCACGUCGCAGGCGGACCCGAUAGAUGCUGCAGCUCGAACUGUCCUGCUUAACCAUCACCAGACAACCAAAUUCUGCGACAACCAUGUCAGCACAGCAAAGUAUGGGUUCCUGACGUUCCUGCCACGGUUCCUGUAUGAGCAGAUCCGCCGUGCGGCCAAUGCCUUCUUCCUGUUCAUCGCACUGAUGCAGCAAAUCCCUGAUGUUUCUCCUACGGGCCGCUACACAACACUGGUGCCACUUAUCUUCAUCCUUACUGUGGCUGGAAUUAAGGAGAUUAUCGAGGACUAUAAGCGGCACAAGGCAGACAACACAGUCAAUAAGAAGAAGACAACAGUGCUACGGAAUGGGAUAUGGCAGACAGUAAUCUGGAAACAGGUGGCUGUUGGAGACAUUGUGAAGGUCACCAAUGGCCAGCAUCUCCCUGCUGACAUGGUCAUUAUGUCCUCCAGUGAGCCCCAGGCCAUGUGCUACACUGAGACCUCAAACCUGGAUGGGGAGACCAACCUAAAAAUCAGACAGGGGCUCUCCCUCACUGCCAGUGCACAGUCACAAGAGGAGCUGAUGAUUUUGUCUGGACGGCUAGAAUGUGAGGCACCCAACCGUCACCUCUAUGACUUUACUGGAACGCUGCACCUGGAUAACAACAACCCAGUUCCUGUGGGACCAGAUCAAGUGCUGCUGCGAGGUGCCCAACUGAGGAACACGCAGUGGGUUGUGGGAAUUGUAGUCUACACUGGACACGACUCCAAGCUCAUGCAGAACUCUACGAAGGCUCCACUGAAGCGGUCCAAUGUGGAGCGUGUCACCAACAUGCAGAUCCUGGUGCUGUUCUGUAUUCUCCUGGUCAUGGCACUGGUGAGCUCAGUAGGAGCAGCCAUCUGGAAUAUACAACAUCCUGAAGAGACUUGUUGGUACCUAUCCCGCACAGGGGAUAUUUCCACCAACUUCUGGUAUAAUUUAUUGACCUUCAUCAUCCUCUACAAUAACUUGAUUCCCAUCAGCCUACUGGUUACACUAGAGGUGGUCCGGUUCACACAAGCCCUGUUCAUCAACUGGGAUGUGGAAAUGUACUAUGAGGAGACUGACACACCAGCCAUGGCACGGACAUCAAACCUGAAUGAGGAACUUGGACAGGUGAGGUAUCUGUUCUCUGACAAGACGGGGACACUCACCUGUAAUGUCAUGCGCUUCAGAAAGUGCACCAUUGCUGGCAUCACAUAUGGGCACUUCCCUGACCUGGACUGUGAUCGCUCCAUGGAGGAUUUCAGCCAUCUUCCCACCAGCAGUCAUAACUCCACAGAGUUUGAUGACCCUGCUCUCAUUCAGAACAUUGAGAAGAACCAUCCUACCUCUCCCCAGAUCUGUGAGUUUCUGACAAUGAUGGCUGUAUGUCACACUGUGGUCCCAGAGCGAGAAGGAGAUGAGAUCAUCUACCAGGCCUCCUCUCCAGAUGAAGGAUCUCUUGUCAAGGGGGCGAAAGGUCUGGGGUUUGUCUUCACUGCCAGGACGCCCCACUCAGUUAUCAUUGAGGCGAGGGGGAAGGAACAGACCUAUGAGCUGCUCAAUGUUCUGGAAUUCUCCAGUGACCGAAAACGCAUGUCUGUGAUCGUUAGAACACCAAGCGGGAAGCUUCGUCUCUACUGCAAGGGAGCUGAUAAUGUGAUCUUUGAGCGGCUCACAGAAGAUUCCCAAUACAAAGAGCUUACUGUGUCACAUCUGGAGCAGUUUGCAACUGAAGGAUUGAGGACUCUCUGCUUUGCAUAUGUGGACCUGGCAGAAGGGGAGUAUGGUGAAUGGCUGAAAGAGUACAAUCGGAUUAGCACAGUACUCAAGGACCGGGCCAUCCUGCUGGAGGAAUGCUAUGAGCUGUUGGAGAAGAAUCUGCUACUGCUAGGGGCCACAGCGAUAGAAGACAGGCUGCAGAAUGGGGUACCUGAGACCAUCAACACCUUGAUGAGGGCUCACAUCAAGAUCUGGGUUCUGACUGGAGACAAGCAAGAGACCGCCAUCAACAUUGGUUACUCCUGUCGGCUGGUAUCACAAGGGAUGUCCCUCAUCAUCGUCAAUGAGGACUCACUAGACGCUGUGAGAGCUACUUUGACAGCACAUUGCACAUCACUGGGAGAUUCCCUGGGUAAGGAGAAUGAGCUGGCACUGAUCAUCGACGGACAGACUCUAAAGUAUGCCCUGUCCUUCGAGGUGCGACAGUCCUUCCUCGAUCUGGCUCUGUCCUGCAAGGCUGUCAUCUGCUGCAGGGUUUCACCCUUGCAGAAAUCAGAAAUUGUGGACAUGGUAAAGAGGCAUGUUAAGGCCAUCACACUGGCCAUUGGUGAUGGCGCGAAUGAUGUGGGCAUGAUUCAGACUGCCCAUGUGGGUGUGGGAAUCAGUGGAAAUGAGGGCAUGCAGGCCACCAACUCCUCAGAUUACUCUAUUGCUCAGUUUUCCUACUUGGAGAAGUUGCUAUUGGUCCAUGGAGCAUGGAGUUAUAACCGUGUCACAAAGUGCAUUUUGUACUGCUUCUACAAGAAUGUGGUCCUUUACAUCAUUGAGCUCUGGUUUGCCUUUGUGAAUGGCUUCUCAGGACAGAUCCUUUUUGAGCGAUGGUGCAUUGGCUUGUAUAAUGUGAUCUUCACAGCGCUGCCUCCCUUUACACUGGGCAUAUUUGACCGGCCCUGCAGUCAGCAGAAUAUGCUACGCUUUCCACAGCUCUACCGCAUCACACAGAAUGCAGAUGGUUUCAACACGAAGGUAUUUUGGGGUUACUGCAUCAAUGCUCUGGUCCACUCCAUCAUUCUGUUCUGGUUUCCACUUAAAAUUACAGAACAUGACUCUGUUUUUGAUAAUGGCCAUGGCACUGACUACUUGUUUGUGGGGAACAUUGUCUACACUUAUGUGGUGGUUACUGUCUGUUUGAAGGCUGCAAUGGCAACCACAGCUUGGACCAGGUUCAGCCACCUGGCUGUGUGGGGCAGUAUGCUUCUAUGGAUGCUGUUUUUCGCAGUGUACUCUGCUAUCUGGCCGUCCAUCCCCAUCGCACCUGACAUGUUGGGACAGGCAGGCAGAGUACUGCAAUGUUGGAGUUUUUGGCUUGGUCUGAUUCUGGUGCCAACGGCAUGUUUGCUGAAGGAUGUAGCAUGGAAUGCGGGGCGCCGUACUUUUAGGAAGUCUCUACUGGAAGAGGUACAGGAGCUGGAGGCACGGGCAGUGGAUCCAGGAGCAGCCGUGCUGAGAGAUGCCAGCGGCCGCAGUCUGAAUGAGCGUGCUCAUUUGCUGACCCGUGUCUUUAGAAAAACGCCCUCCAGUCUGGGCCCCUCCAACUCCAUUCAGCAGCCUGUCUCACAUGGCUAUGCUUUCUCACAGGAGGAGCAUGGCGCAGUGUCACAGUCCCAGGUGGUGCGGUCCUACGACACCACACGUCAGCGCCCAAGUGUGUAGCCCUGCCUAAUUCCACCCCACCCCAACCUACAACAAACCCCCCUCCCCCCCACAAACACACACAUACACAGACACAUACACACACACACACAUACGCACACACACACAUACAUACACACACACAUACGCAUACACAGACACACACACAGACAUACAUACACACACACACACAUACACACACACACACACACAGACACAUACACAGACACACACACACACAGACAUACACAUACACACGCACACACACAGACACACACACACACAGACACUAAUGGCCCACUGAACUGCUUUGCAGCUGUUGGGGAGUUUUGGGAGGGGCCACGUUGAGGGUAGAGAUGGAUGCUUUGACCCUCCCCACUGUGGCCUGACUGGGGCUCUGAUCUCACAAAUACAAGACCUUGGGGGGAGGGGGUAGUGGGAUGCGGUUGCUGUUGGCCCUCAGUUAGUCCUGAACAUCAUGAGAAACACUCACUGACUGGUUGUGAUUGUAUGUGUGCAUGUAUAUCACUUUGUGACUGUGUGUGUGUGCAUUUCUGUGUGUGAGAGAGAGAGCAAGUAUUAAUGUGAGAGUCUAUCAGUGUGUGUAGACUUAUAUAUUGGUAUAAGUGUAUGCCUGAAAGUGUGCGUGCACGUUUUGUGUGUUCUCUGUGUGCACAGGUGAAUGUAUCUGUGUGCUUGUGUAUGUGUGUGUGUGUAAGUAUAUGGAUGUAUUUGUGUGUGUUUGUGUGCCUGUGUGUGUUUGUGUGCCUGUGUCUCCCUGGGUUUAACACAUCACUCAUUAACAUGGUGAUGAGAGGGGGGUUUAACUGUUAAACAGAACAUUCUAGUCUUGAGGAAUUUCUUUAGGCCCUUCCCCACCCCCGGCAUCCUGCCAAAGAUGAAGUGCAGGGCUAUAACUGUGUCCAAGCUCUAGUACAUUGGAUGUCCUGACUCAGACAGGAAUCUGCACCUCUGUACUCCAUGCUUGCUCUGCGCCAUCUCCUCAUUGCACGCUCCCUCCUGCCUCUGUCCUGUGAUAUACUUCCCCCUGCGAGCCCAGCUCUAGGGCCCACGUGUGUACCUGCUGUGCUUGCACCACGUUUUCCUCAGUCUGUUGGGAAAGCUCAAUAAAGUACUCUUGUGUUCUCUUUUUUCUUUAAUGAGUGUUUCCAUUUCCAACACAUGAAAGCAUUAGGGCUAAGCAAUAAACCAUAACAAUAAUCAUUUCAUAUUUUUGAAUGCAAUAACAGUCAUCACCGCCAUGCAGCUUAUCAGCUUUCAGUCUUUUUCUGUUCUUUCCCCCACAAACAUUUCAUGUAAGUUUGGAGGUUCACUAUCACAUCAAGUAUGAUAAUAGGAAAUGUAACACAUGUAACACAUUAAUAUGACCCUCAUUGUGUAAUGAGUAGUGGAUUGGGUGUCAGUGAGUUGUGGCAGUUUUUCCAGUAUGUUUGGAUGAUGACGUUUCUGGUUUGUAACAGUAAAAAAAACAAAAAACAUUUGAGUUAAUUCCCUGCAAUCUGUGUGAUAUCUUUAAUAAAUGCUUGGAACAUGGCA